AUGUUCAGCGGAUCACCUUCACUCGCUUCAUCAUCGAUUGACACGCUCGACUAUUCGUUUUGCUCUCCUACAUCGGAAUCGCCCGUGAAUGUUACACAAAUGGUUGCAAAAAGGAUACCCGAAGCUGAAAUAUUAGCUAUCUGGUUGGACAAGAUUGGCAUGGCGGAUUACCUGACAUUAUUUCUCACUCAAGGAUACGACCUGUCUUCAAUAGCUCGAAUCACUCCAGAGGAUCUGCUAUCCCUGGGGAUAACAAAUCCGGUCCACCGAAAGCGAUUGAUAAACGAGAUUCACAGCUGGCAGGUCACUGACAGCUGGCCAUCUGUUCCACCACAAGGUGGUCUGAGCGAGUGGCUUACUCUUCUUGCCUUACCUGAGUACGCUAAUGUAUUCCAUUCGCAAGGAUACGACUCUGUGGAGGAAGUAAUGAAGUUAAGUUGGGAAGAUUUUGAGGACAUUGGAAUAAAGAGAUUAGGACACUUGAAGCGACUAGGGCUAGCUAUCAAAAAAUUAAAGGUUACCUUUCAUUUUAAUCUUACUAGUUGA